GACGCUUGCUGUCUGUUGCAGCUAUCGGCUUAGCUGGCAGUGGAGGAACGAGAACGGCUGAUGCCAAUGACUUAACUGAGCACCGAUUGGAUGAGCCAGGCCGGAUCUGUGCGAGCAGGAGGCAGUGACCAUUAUUGACUUGGUCAAACCUAUGAGCGAAUUUUGAGUGCGUCAACAACGGGCAGUUUAAUUCUAAGAACUGCGGCGCGUUGCCCUGUAGCCGAUUUACAUAAAGAUGCGGAAAAGUCUGCCUAUCAACCCGCGGUAACGGCGCCGCUGUGUGUAGUGAUAAAGCGCGGGUAUCCUGUCUGUAUCUAGCCACCUACCUACCUACCUACCUACCUACCUACCUACCUACCUGUUUAUUAGCGGUAGUAGCCCCUGUGUCCCGCUGUCUGCGACUCUGUGUCCGUAAUCAAGAGGGCAAAGAAAGGGCGGACAAGUGCCCCUCAGCGAAACAGUUGCCUACUGCCACUACGAUACAGCUACAUCAGACAGGAGAAGUCAGUUCGAUUCGCGUCGUUACCGUAUCUUCUGACAACGAUCACGCCGCACUCAUUCGCGGCCGUUGGGGCGGCGUCUGCCGUAGCUGCGUGUGUCGUCGUCAUCGUUGUUGCCGCCGCUGUAGUCGUCGUCGUUGUUGCUGUUGUUGAAGGCAGAGUUUGCGGUCUCACCGCUGAACGGCCGUUGCAAACUUCUUGUACACGAAUUGUCGGUCUCCGUGUCUAUUGAUGCAUUUUGUGGUACGACAAGUUCAAUAUGAUUGGUCAACGUGCAUAAUGUGUAUAUAUGAGCUCGUGAUUAAUAUCGUCUUAAGUGUUAGCAGGCGAUUCGGGCCUACGGGUUUGAAUAUGCAAUCGAAAAGCUAAGAAAAGAUGUUGUCUGUACGAAAAUACUUCGAUUAUGUGCCAUAGUGCAGAUACAGGCUCGUUCGCAUAACAGUUCUCCUCCGUAGUGCAUUUAGGCUAUGGACAGUGCCGAUCAGUACAUCCCUCGAUUGCUGUACAGCUCAACAAUACCUUUCGGGUUUUCGAAGUUCGUUUUGACAUCUGUGAUGCCCCUACCCUAGCUGCUGUGUCCAACUGGUAAUACCCUGCAAAAUAUAGUCAACCCUACGAAAGUCAUCCGAGUUUGAAUGUUCUUAGCUAAAGUAGCUCUGGUUCAGCUUCUGUUGCAUCUAGCAGCUCCCCUAAGCUGUGUUUACGUUUAUGAGAAGGUACCUGUGAAAAAGAGAACGAUAUAUGAUCGGCGCCAGUGAUUGACCGCGUACUAGAAGAUGACAGUCUAACAGGUUCGACGAGCGUCUACCAAAACGCUUUGAGACCAGUAUCAAUCAAUUCGCUGUGUUCUUAGCUGAGAAAAGUUUGUCUUACAUAUGAAAAAAUUUAUACGCAGAGAUAUACGAGAGAAAUAUGGAGAGGCAAAUGAGGAAAGAUCCAACGUUUGCAGUUCACUUUGCAUCUGCUUUCGAUAGGAAUCGUUCGGCUUGCUGUUCACAGUUGACACUAAUAUUAGUGUAGUCAUGGUUGUGCUUCGAAGCUGAGCCUCUGUCCUGUAUACCUGCAUGAACCACACAUCCAGUUACACAAUCGCAUGGAGGUAUGUGCAUAUGAUGUCUCAUGCAGUGGAGCCACUGUCGCCCGAGCUGGCUCAACUCAGUUUGCCCUCUCUCCCAUUUAAUACCAUGUGCUACGGCGGCUUGAAUGCUUGCCCCUACCGGCAUUACACUCAUCGUUGCCGCGUUCCAUUGCAAGAGGGGGCUGCGACUACAGCGUACCUAUCCCGCACAAACUGCGCAUCGCAACGAGUUCGACGGAUACCUUUAAUGGUUCUUCCGGUGCCAAAAAAGUGAAAACAAGUUCCGCGCAUCACUUAGUCAAGACAAGCAAGCGACCGGCCGUCCGCCCGCCAACCUGCACACUCACCAACCAAAGUAUACCCGGAAUACUCUCGUAGGAUUGUGCUGAUCGGAUGCGUAGCCUUCUAGUGAACAGAAAAGUUCAUGAUCGGUAGCAAAUUUAUCGAUUACGAUUUCGCGAACAGUAAUUUAUUCCCAUUGCAGCGGCGACCACAACGACCCCUAACGGAUAUAUGUUGUUCAUAUGGAAUGUUUGCGCUACGAAGUGACUCUCGUGUACGUUAGUUCAUUUAUAUUGGAUGACUCAACUCGACUACAGCGCCGGCAUCACCAUUACCAUUAACAACUAAAGAAUAACAAAGCGAUAUACGGAAUGGAUGACAAAUUGGCAGUUUUCGGUGAAAGCUGGAGGUGAUUCGUUGGCCAUUUGUGGCGGCUUGUGUUUCGUAUGUACUAUAUUUAGUACUAUUUAGGUUAGUCGCGCAACCGUGAUUCCGAUACUGGUUGUAUCGCUGUUUUCCAAUAGCAGUUGAGUAUUUCGGCGACACCAGAGGUGUACGAAGCGCGAUAAACUGUUAACACCUGCCGUUGGCCGUGCGGCCGAGCGCGAAUGAGUUCCCCUUAAGUUAACCUCCACGCACUACGGCACAUGGUCCAAUUGCUCGAUAAAGCUCCUGCCCGGUUGGUUGCCAUAAAGGAUCAGGAAAUCCCUAAGAAAUAGGGCUCGCGUCUAAUCUGCAAGGAUCUAACAAAUAGCACAUGGUUCCCCUCCGUGUGAUAGUAUUUUCACCUCCUAUCGUAGUGUGUCGAGUUUGCAUAGAUGGACGGUGCUGCCGCCUGAAAAAAACUACUUAAAGUUAACAGAGUUACAUAGCUAGCUAGCUAGUUCUAAAUAGCUAGCCCUACACGCCACACUGAAAAGGACGCCGUUAUAGCUAUACCGUGGCAUAGUAUAAAUCAAAAGUAGCAUCAAAUAACGAUAAGCAAAGAAGAACGAAGUGUACACCUAGGCUAAAUUAAGGGUAUAAAGAUGACGCACGCUACCUGCUCAUCUCGGCCGCUGCUGGGAAUACGGAGCCGCCGGUUCCUACGUUCGUGCGACUAUUGCUCAUCCGUCAUGUACAGAUGCCCGGCGCGACUGACCCAAAAGCUGGCGUCUCUGCUGCGUUUACGGACGCGUACAAUUGUUCUUCUUGUGGUGGCAUUCGCCGUUCAGCUACCAGGUCCGUGCUUGGCCUCUGAAGAGCUGGCGUUGAACCUCGACCUCAGUAAGAUCCAAAUGUUCGGAGGAGAGCCUGUACACCGAGAAGGCCAGUUUGGUGCUAGUGCUGUGCUUCAUAGACAACCGGAUGGAACGAGUUGGGCUUUGUUCGGUGCUCCACGAGGUCAGCUCGAUAGUUUCACGUUUCCUGGUACAGAUCGUACUGGCGCUGUAUACCAGUGCGAGGUCAAUAAAGCUCAAAGCCCCUGCAGAAAGACAUUUGAUUCACAGCAGUAUAAUGAGACGUUCCGGCCUACCCUAAAAGGUGACUGGACCAUAAAGGCAGCAAAUAUGAGUUUAGGGCUUACGAUGACUCAUGACGAUGAGCAUAACAACAUCGCCGUGUGUGCACCCCGUCAAAUUCUCGAAAUGCGAAAUCCGCAACAACAUCAGUUUUUCAUCGGAGGUGCGUGUUACGUGUUCACAGAGAAUUUUCAUCCAUUUGCAAAAUUCGGCCAGUGGGGUGAAUUUAAGAGGCUAGAUGGCCUAACCCGGAAAAAUGGUCCGGCUGGCACGCUGGUCUACGUGAAUGGAAUGCGACAACUGGGCAUGUCCAUAGACAUUAGAGAUAAGAAUAUGCUGGUGGGCGCUCCAGGUUUUGAGGAUUGGAGCGGCGAAUCCAUACUUUUCGAGCUGCCUUCCCAUGCUGGAGUUGAAACCUUCACAGCUGAGGAGCCUGCGUCCUAUGCCGGCUAUUCAGUGGCUAACAUUUAUAUAAAAGGCGAAUAUUUUAUCGUGCAAGGCGUUCCUCGCGGCGCGAAAACGUUUGGGCAAGUGGUAGUCAGUACGUACGCUGCAACUCAAUAUAGGGGCAUUAAGGCUAUACGCCAGGGCACUCAGAUGGGAGAAUACUUUGGAGCAGCUGUUGCCGUAGCAGAUAUCAACGGAGAUGGAAAGGACGACCUGCUUGUCGGAGCACCGAUGUACUCCCCGACAGAGGACAGCCGUGACCGAAAUGGAAUAGUUACGACAAAAUUGUCCAAGGGCUCUUUCGAUCAAGGUCGUGUAUACGUGUACUUGGGUCGCGAGGACAACAUUGAUGUUCAACCGACGCAUUAUCUGCAAGCUUCAAAUCGCGGCAAGGGUGCACGCUUUGGUUGGACUAUAGUUCGUGUUGGAGAUUUCGACAAGGACGGUUGUGACGAAGUCGCUAUUGGAGCGCCUUUCGAGGAGCGCGAGAACGGUGGCUCAGGGGCCGUUUACCUCUUUAAAGGUUGCACAAAGAAGGGUGACAACCAAGAAUACCCAUCAAUUCGAAUCGUUCCUCCAGCACAGUAUCAAAGCCUAGUCCGAGGUUUCGGCUUUGCUAUCUCUAAAGGGAAUGAUUUAACCGGCAAUGGAUAUCCAGAUGUUGCGAUCGGUGCUGUUUUGAGCGGUCAUGGAUUCGUCUAUCAGGGACGACCUGUUGUGCUCAUUAAUGCUACCAUUAAGGCAGAACACAACGUUGUUCCUGAAGGACCCGGGGACUGCAAUGUAAACGACAGAGUGAAUUACUUCUGUACGAAAUUGACCGCCUGUGUCAGCUAUGAACACCCAGCUAGACAGGGAAGCUCAACGACAAUCCCCCGAGAACUUCCUGUAAAACUUCGAUUCCAGGCAGAUCCAACUAGGUCAAGCAUCAGAGGCCUCGUGCAGGACCAGAAAAAUACGAGUGCUUACCGAGCGACGGCAACCUAUGAAGUACUUCUGGGGGGACCAAAGAAGAUCGUCUGUAUCGACGUAAAUGUGGGAAUUGUGACGGUUUUGAAUGACACCCGGCAGUCGCAGGACAUUCUCCAACCCGUCGAGUUUCGUAUGAAAACAUCUCUUGUUCAAACUUCAUCGAGCCUGGAAUUCUGUGCACAUUGCCCGGUAGUUCCAACACCGUCCGUCGUCACCUCACUAAUCAGCUAUAAAGUGCCUUGCAAUGACCCACUUUGUAAGGUACGGCUUCAUGUGACAGCGCAAAUUAAUGGCGUUGCAAAUCGGACAGCGAUUGCUUUAGGCCGAAGCAGACCACUGGAGCUGAAAAUUGAAGUAUCUGCUGAUAAACGCCUGGAUACGGCUUUUAACACUUUUUUGAUCGUACGUCUACGCGAGGGACUCUCUUUUAACAAUCCUGACAAGUGCAAACGUAAUAAUAAAUCUGACAAUUCAGAGCUGAAAUGUCUCGUUGACUCACAGCUCCCAGCUGGCGCAAGCCGUCAAAUGAUUAUUAAGCUCGAUCUUGACCCAGACCUGGAUCGGGUUAAAGCUAAAUCAACGGUUGGACUAGAUGUAGAAUUGAUUACCGAGUCGAAAGACGAGAAUGCCGCCAAGAAUAGGCUAAGCCUUGAAUUCCCCUUGGUGAAGCUGGCUGAUGUAGGCGUCUCGGGCAGCGAUGUCCAGCAAACGGCGAUGUUUAAUAGGACAACGACGAUAACCCAAUUUCAACACGUCUACACUGUGACAAAGUACCACGAUAGUACUGUCGAAUUGGUACACUUGCAUAUAGAUGUGCCGGUAGCAACAAAGAAAGCCUAUGCGGCCAACCAUCAUUUCAUCAAGAUACUGUCCUAUGGCGAGAGGGAUACACAUGGGGCAGUCGACGUAAAAUGCACAUCAACAAACCUGCGCAGAAAACGUAGCCCCGACGCGAGUCCCGUUGCGCUGGAACGACUGGCAUCAUCUUCGUCAUCGUUGAUUCCCUCAAGCGCGUCUCUUACACUGCCAACGUCCAGCAUUCGAGAGCUAGUCAUUGACUGUGAUACGUUUACGUGUAAACGGGUCAUCUGUCGACUCGGACCAUUCAUCGGGGAUCAGUCACGAGUGACCUAUGCUGUCAAUCUGGAACUGAAUAUCACUAAGCUCAUCGAUGAGAUUCGCGUCAUUCCUGAACACAUUGCCUACAGGAGUCGUGCCAACAUCAGCGUGGCGAACGUUGAACAGUUUUCUUUCGGAGCACAUGAACACUCGAAGGUUGCACAGAUACAAACCGGCCUGUUCCGCGAAGGCCGGCCGCUAGGACCGGGUAUACCCUGGUGGUGGCUACUCAUUGCAGUCCUGCUCGGCCUUUUGAUGGUCGCACUCAUUGUCAUCGCCCUAUAUAAAUGUGGCUUCUUCCGACGAACCGACCGCGAAGCUCUUGACGAAAUGCAAAAAGAACCACAAUCUGCUUCGCCGAUUUUGCUAACAAUGCCAUCGGAUCACCAAACACACAUUGUGGCGCCUCAGCAUCAUGUCGGCCACCCGCAUUCACCGAUAAAUAACAUGGUCGACCAUACCGUCGAUAAAAACGACAAUAACACGUUCCGGGAUUCGAGGCUUUGAUCAGGGUUACAGCACGCUAAUAUUAGAGAAACAGAAUACACAGCGGUAUAUAUAUAUAUAUAUAUAUAUAUAUAGCGAAUGGCAAAAGUGGACAGUACUUGAGAUGUUAAUAUUCAAGGGCAGUGAUAAUGCUAACCUAACCUAACCUAGGUGCAGCCCGUCGGCCAACUGAAAUGCCGGAAGAGAUGGUAGGUAACCAGUACGAUGUGUCUGAGUGAUGAUCGACUGUUUGUAUUAGAUGAUGAGGCGCAACUGUAUCGAUGAACUUCAUUAACAAUGCCGAGCUAAGUUAUAGGUAAUGCACAAACUUCUGCACCACCGGUGAUUCAGAUAAGAUCAUUCUGGUAAGAAACCCGCUGGUAGCUAGAUUUAAGCUAGCUUCAGAAAACAAAUUUACAGCACAGAGUAUUUCAGUCGUACUUAACAAAGCAUAUAAUUCGUGAAUUUAUGCUGUAUCUGCUCUUCGGUUUUUUCGGCCGAAUUUACUAUCCUAUUGGCACUAAUCAAAAAAAAAAAAAAACUUUGUAGACAAAUCAAAUUGUAUAGAGCUGCGAUAUUGCGAAUUUUUUUUUGUUUUGUUGGCAAUAAUCCACUAACGGUGUUUUGCAGGAAAACAUAUAGUAGAAAUAGUGAUUAACUAUCCAGCUAAGUGAGCCAUUCAACUUACUGACAGGCUGCGCACAGUCCAGUCCAAUAGAAUGAUAGAUCGAUCCUUCUUGAUCGAUCACAGUUACCUAGAAGUGUAAUAUAAUUAUAACAAUACACAUGGGGCUUUUUCAGAGGAAGUGAGUAAAACUUAAAAACGCUAUUAUUAUAUAUUUAUUGUACUAUUUAUGACCUCAUGUAUUAUCUAAGGCAAGCGGAUAGUUGUGAGAAGUACAGUCGGUUAAGGUGCGAAGGCAUUGAACGGCACGAUAGUGAAGAAACGUAUCUAGGAACGACUAGUAUUGAUGACGCAACUUACCGCUGCCUAAACAACACUUUCCAGAAUGUCAUGUUCAGUGUGAUGUCUCUGUUGGCAGAUACACGUUCCGUUGAAUCGGUGAUCUUGGCAACUCCUGCAGGUUGGUACCAUGGGCCUCGUAGCCCUCUACGUCCGAGUCUGCAUUACAGAUGCUUUGCCCGGUUUUUGUGAAGGAUCGGCUUGAGAAGUUCCUGCGUUGAUUACUACCGACAACAGGGACACCAACCGCACCGGGUGACCAUCUAUAUGUCAGAGCCAUCCCGAUGAAGAAUCCGAUGAAGUAAGCUUUAUUAGUUUGGUCGUAGAACCACCUAUCGGGUGCGACACUUCAUUCCAACUAGUUUCAGUAUAAGAAAUGUUUUUUUUUCGUCGAGAUAACAGAAGUACGUAUGUGGCGCAGACGCUCCUACGUCGGUCUUCAGGGUUGCAGUUGUAAUUUUUAUAACCCAUUUGGGAAGCAAAUCGUGUUUUUCUGUUUGUUUGGAACCGAGAAGUUUUGAAUUUCAUUCAGUUUAUUCAUUACUCAGUCCUGUACACGUUUGUAUCUAUAGCGUGGAUACGACGUUUAACCAGAAGGUGUACUCGUUUAAUGAAUGCACAUGAACAGCGAGCAUAUCUGGAGCGCAUAAGCUCUAUCUAGCUUAAAUCUGUUUCCCUUAGUAAACGAAGAACCUAGGAAUAAAAUGCAUCCAUUCACACUGCAUUAGAGGUAGAAUAGGAGAUGACGCUCAUAACGAUGAUAUGAAGGCCCCAAAUCGUUUUACGGUAGCGUUCAUGACAGCGGUAAAAACGAUUAUCUUGCAAAAUAUUUUUUUACACAGAGGUUAGUGGUAGCUAUUUUGUAUUUCACUCAUAGAUAUUUUUGAUCAGCGUGAAUUAAUCGCAUAUUUUAACUAGCAUACAACAAACCUAGUUCGACAAUGGCGUAACGCCUAGAAUGAAAAUCGGUCGAGACUUCCUGUCGUUUUUGUGCGGCUUGUUUACGUGCCUUUCAAACUUAGCGACAACUAGGAAAAAUUCAAGGGAAUUUUUCGAGGUAUGUUUCCGACUUUCGGAUCGGGUCCAUAAACCCAGCAUUUUAUUUUCGCUACAAGAGAAAAACCCCGCUCUUUUAAUUUUGCUUAAUAAUUUCCGUCGGUACACUCGUACAUAGCGGGUAUCGUGAGUACGACCAGUGACAUUAACGUUGUAUUAUAGAGAUGAAUAAUAAUAGAAAAAUUAUUUAUCUUUAGAAGAGGGGAAAAACAUUGUGAAGAGAUGGAUCAUUGUACAGUUGGCGCCGCUUGGAGAACGAUGACGUAUACGAAUGAAAAUGUCUACCUUUGUAGAUCGACAUGAUCUAAAAAUGUAAUUAUAGGAUUAAAUAAUCAGAUAAAAUAGGUACAACGCAAAAAAUAUCUGCGGGUGCGAUGCAGUAUUUGCUAGGUGGGACCCGGUAGCGUCCGAAUUGAAAAACUAUUAUACUUCACUCUGAGGUCCACAUAAGCAAUUAAAAGUAUCGCAGGUACACCCGUGUAUUACCCUGCCUUAGCUAGACUUCAUCCGCUUUCGGCCAGUUGUUAACGACCGUCAAAGGGAUACUGCACUUCGCAAGCAUUACUUCAAUAAAGAUGGCUGGCAUGCAGCAAAUGCAAGCGAACAGGUUGCCUAAGGGAAACAAAUGUCGGAUAAAUGAUCGUCUGCAGCUUCAGCUGCCGACAUUUUUACUGUGGGAAAGUUCCGAUGAUGAAAGCUAUGGCAAUAAUAAUUAAUCAGUAUCGGCCCUCAUAGGAAGAGUGUAAGUAUUGCUAAUGUAAAUUUCUAAAUACUACUACUAUUAAUGUCUACUAUUAAUGAUAAUAUCAUUGCAUGAUGUGUAAAUGAGAGAGAAAGUAAUCAAUUGCAAAUGAGACUGAAAAAGCACAAUGUGGAAACGAAUGAAUGAAUAGAUCAGGAAGGAAAUCGAUGAAAAUGCCCCUGUAUAGUACGAUUAAAGGAUCAAACUAAAAUAUUCUUAUUAUUAAGAACCAUAUAAUUGAAUAUAAUAACAAUAAAAUAAUUUAUUUCAAUUUAA